GUACGUAUGGGACCGUACCAUAUGCACAGAUAAUAGGGGGGUAUUGAUGAGUCCGGUAAUUCAGCUGUGUGUCUGAUCAUGCACCCGGAGCCUGAGGCCCAGCCCGCAGCGCAGCCGCGUUCAGUAUCCAGACUAGAUCCAGAGGUUAUUGGUGAAACUGCGCUGGAGUGCCGCCGGGCAGGCUGACGAGGGAGGCGAGAGGGAAGACAAUACGCCACGCACAAGGCGCAGCGGGCGGACAGCCAUUGCUUUACGCUUUCGCUGCGGAUAAAAACGCAGCGUCUCGGCUGAGUAUCACAGACCUAGCAGCGGGAGAAACACGGCACCGACUACCGCCUGGACCCUCUCCAUUGUCUCUGUUGGUCUCCCUGACUGUGUUUGUUCUGUGAAGAUGUCUCAUGUGACCGCCUUGUUGAUGCUGCCAGUCCUGUGUAGCAUCAUCAGCACCUCCAGCGCUGCAUCCUCGGUAGCACGGAAGUGUGAGAACAGUUUGGCCACUCCUCUGCCCUACAGCUCCUUCACCAGUUCAUCAGUCUAUGCCCAAGGAUGUGGAGCUGGUUACGCCAAACUCAAUCGGAAGCAAGGUGCUGGAGGCUGGUCACCUUUGGAUACAGACCAUUACCAGUGGUUACAGGUGGACCUUGGUUCUAGGAAGCAGGUGGUUGCCAUAGCGACACAGGGUCGCUACAGUAGCUCUGACUGGGUCAGCAAAUAUCGACUGCUUUACAGUGACACACAGAAAAACUGGAGGCCUUGUCUACAGGAUGGAAACAUCUGGACGUUUGAGGGCAAUGUGAACAGUGAGGGUGUGGUUCGCCAUGAGCUGCAGCACGUCAUCCUGGCACGCUACAUCCGCUUCAUCCCACUAGACUGGAGCAGGGAGGGACGCAUUGGAGUACGCCUGGAGCUCUACGGCUGCUCUUAUUGGGCAGAUGUGAUCAGUUUUGACGGCCACGGUGUCAUCUCCUACCGCUUCAGGAGUAAAAAGAUGAAGAUUGUGAAGGAUGUCAUCUCUCUGAAGUUUAGAACCACAGCUGGAAAUGGGGUCCUGCUACAUGGAGAGGGGCAACAGGGAGACUACAUUUCCCUGGAGCUUCGCAGGGCAAGAUUGCAACUCGGCAUCAACUUAGGCAGUAAUCAGUAUGGUUCCAUUCAGGGCCACACCUCCGUGACCAGCGGGAGCUUACUAGAUGAUGACCACUGGCAUUCAGUUGUCAUAGAGCGUUAUCGUAGGAAUGUCAACUUCACUCUGGACCACCAUACUCAGCACUUCAGGACCAAUGGAGAGUUCGACCACCUGGACCUGGACUAUGAGAUCAGCUUUGGAGGGCUGCCUGUGUCAGCUAAAUCAGGCUCAGGGGACAGAGAAAACUUUGUGGGCUGCAUGGAGGGAAUCACCUACAAUGGAGACAACAUCACUAACAUGGUCCGCAGGAAGAGAGUGGACACAUCCAGCUUUCGAAACCUGACAUUCACCUGUGCAGAGUCCAAUUCCUUCCCCGUUUUCUUCAACUCCACAUCAUUCCUGCGGCUGUCAGGUCAGAGUGACAGUGACACUCUGUCAGUCAGUCUGUCUUUCAGGACAUGGAACCCCAAUGGGCUGCUGAUGUUCACAGCGCUGACUGAUGGGUGGGUUGAGGUGGGACUGACAGAGGGCAAAGUCACUGUCUACAUGAAUAUGACACAGAAGAAGAACACACGUAUUGAUAUCUCAUCAGGUUCAGGCCUAAAUGACGGCCAGUGGCACAAUGUCCAUCUGAAUGCAUUGGAGAACUAUGCAAUGCUGACAGUCGAUGGAGAUGAGGCAUCCACAGUCAGAACAGCCAUCCCCAUUCAGAUCCAGACUGGAGGAACCUACUAUUUUGGAGGCUACUUUCUGCACAGUAACACGCGAACAACGCAGCGCUCCUUCCAGGGCUGCAUGCAGAUGAUCCACAUAGACGACCAUUUAGCUGACCUCAAGGCUGUCGAGCAGGGCCACAUUGGGACCUUUGAAAAUGUCAGCCUGGAUAUGUGUGCCAUUAUAGACAGGUGUGUCCCUAACCACUGUGAGCACGGUGGUCGCUGCGGUCAGACGUGGGACACAUUCAGCUGCAACUGCAGUGGCACUGGAUACACUGGAGCUACCUGCCAUACCUCAAUGUACCAGCAGUCCUGUGAGGAGUAUAAACAUCAAGGGAAGAGCUCUGGGAACUACUGGAUCGACCCAGAUGGCAGUGGAUCUGUCAUGCCCUUCAGAGUCAGCUGUGACAUGACAGAGGAAAAGGUUUGGACCACACUGAAGAACAGUUUGCCUCCUCAGACUUCAGUCACCAGUCCCGACCAGGAGGGAAAAGCAGUGCUGCAGAUCACAUACAAUGUGACUGACGAACAGGUGUUGUCAGUCACUAGCAGCGCAGAAUACUGUGAACAGUACAUAGCCUACGCCUGCCGAAUGUCUCGCCUGCUCAACACUCCAGAUGGUGUCCCAUAUACCUGGUGGGUAGGAAGAGCCAAUGAGAAGCACUUCUAUUGGGGAGGUUCAGGACCAGGGAUACAGAAAUGUUCCUGUGGUAUCGAACACAACUGCACUGAUCCCAAACACAACUGCAACUGUGACGCUGAUUUGCGCUCAUGGAGGGAGGAUGCAGGCCUACUGGUAUAUAAAGACCAUUUGCCAGUCAGUCAGGUUGUUGUUGGUGAUAAAAGAAGAGCUGGAUCUGAAGCCAAACUGACUAUAGGGCCACUCAGAUGCCAAGGGGACCGGAACUAUUGGAAUGCAGCCUCCUUCAACAGCCCUGCCUCCUACCUCCACUUCCCUUCCUUCAGAGGAGAAACCAGCACUGACAUCUCCUUCUACUUUAAGACCUCCUCCACUCAUGGAGUCUUUCUGGAGAACCUGGGAGCCACCAAUUUCCUUCGCAUUGAACUCAAAGGAAGCUCGGUGGUUGUUUUGUCUUUUGAUGUGGGAAAUGAGCGAUUGGUGCUCAGUGUUCACUCCCCGAUUCCUUUGAACGAUGACCAAUGGCAUCGUGUGGAGGCUGAGAAAAAUAUCAAGGAGGCAGUGCUGCAGCUUAAUGGACAAUACAGAGACGUCAGACCCACGCCACCACAGGGACACACAAAACGGGAGUUCUCCAGUGAGCUAUAUGUUGGUGCCUCAAGUGGUCAGAGGGGUUUCCUGGGCUGCAUGCGAGCUCUGAAGAUUGAUGGUGUGACCUUUGACCUGGAGCAAAGAGCAAAGGUGACUCCAGGGGUGAAUCCAGGCUGCCAGGGUCACUGCAGUAGCUAUGGGAUGCACUGCAAGAACAGAGGGAAGUGUGUGGAGCAGUACAAUGGAUACUCCUGUGACUGCUCCCUCACUGCAUAUGAUGGACGCUUCUGCACUGAUGAUGUAGGUGGCUACUUUGAGACAGGAACACUGGUGCGUUAUGACUUCGUGCAGGAGGCGGGACCAUUUGCCUUGCGAGACGCGAAGAGCCUAUCAGGUGUUGGUGUUCCUUUUGAGUCCAACCUGACCCAGGAGGAGCUUGUGUUCAGCUUCAGCACCUCCAGCACCCCUAGCAUUCUGGUCUACAUCAGCUCCAAGACUCAGGACUACUUGGCUGUGGUCCUCAGGCACAAUGGCACUCUCCAGAUCCGCUACAGUCUCGGGGGGUUAGCUGAACCUUACACCAUAGAUGUCGACCACCGUAACAUGGCCAAUGGACAGCCACACUCUGUCAACCUAACUAGGAACUUAAGGGAGAUACACCUACAGCUGGACCACUACCCGGUGUCCACAUAUACCCUGCCUGAGGCCUCCGACACCCAGUUCAACUUAGUCAAAAGUAUCUUUCUUGGAAAGGUCUUUGAAACAGGGAAGAUUGACCCCAUCCUAAUCGAGCGCUACAACACACCGGGCUUUGUGGGCUGUCUGUCAAGAGUUCAGCUGAACAGCGUGGCACCACUGAAAGCUGCGCUGCGCUCAGGCCUGGCAGCACCUGUCAGCACCCAUGGGAUUCUGGUCCCAUCCAACUGUGGUGCUUCACCCUUGACCAUCUCCCCCAUGGCUUCAGCUAGUGACCCCUGGCACAUAGAAGCUGGAGCUGCUUUCCCUUUCAGUGAGGACAAAGCCAGUGGUGACAGAGUGGAUCGCAACUCUGCCAUAAUCGGGGGCAUCAUCUCCAUGGUGAUCUUCACCGUCCUGUGCAUGAUGGUGCUUGUGAUCCGUCAUAUGUUCCGUCAUAAAGGCUCCUACCACACUAAUGAGGCCAAAGGGGCGGAGUCAGCAGACUGUGCUGACGCAGCGAUCAUCGUCAAUGAUCCGGCCUUUACUGAAACCAUUGACGAGAGCAAGAAGGAGUGGUUCAUCUGAACCACCCUCAACAGCAUAGACACAUGACAUUAGGAUGUAUGUAGUUUUCUAAGCAUAGGGAGUAGUAGUGAGGUGACCACCCAAGGAACCUUGAGGAAGUGCUGAGUGGCUUAUUUAAAAACUUUACAGACAAUGGACACCAUGGCAUUACAGCAUGGGUAUUAAAGCACAGAACACAGCACUGCCUGGCAGAGCCUGUGUGAAGAUGUGGAGCAGUUUAUUUUAGCUUUCUUUAUAAUGGACAGUGUGACAACCUUCAGAUUGGGUAGAGGACAGUGCCAUAAAGUUACAGGCCUCUGAUGAAUGAGCAUGUCAGUAUUUAUUUUUUGAUUUUCUUUCAUAUAAUUUGGUUUUAGUUUUAUUUAUUUAUUUAGAAGUAAUAUUUUUCAUAAAACGUAUUACUUUGCAUUUAUUUAUUUGUGUUGAUGAAUUUUUUAUGCCUUUGUAUGCUGUGCCGGUCAUGCAUUCAGUUUGAAAAUGAUGGCAUUAAUGGUAAUAAUUAUAAAUCCAUUAAUCACAGGAUUCCUCCAUGUUUGUAGCAAUGCUAAUACAUGUGUAAUUUUUAAAAUAAUGAAUGUUGUGUUUAAUCCUUUGCCUUAUUUUAUUUUCUGUCAGCAAUGUUUCAUUUUAGCCUUAAGACUGAAAUCUCUGUUGUGUCUCUGUGUGUGUGUGUGGGUCUGUGUAAACUGACUGGCUUGCUUGUCUGUUAAGGAGAUUUAGCCAUGACUUUGUCUACAUCAUUUGGACUAAAAACUGAUGAAAAGGGAACACCACACAUCUAUUUGUUUUGUCUCUUAAUGGCUUUAGAGCACUGAUUGUUGAACUUCUGGGGGAUUGUACUAUUUAUGUUAUUGUUUUUGUUGCUACCAAACGAGUUCAGGCGUGUGUUCAGCUUUUGAAGAAUGAACUGAGUCUUGUCAGUCCACAACAGCUUUGUUUGUUUGUUUCAGAUUUUUGAGGGAGAGGUUGUCUUUCAUCAGCAAAUACCAGUACACAAUAUUAAAAAAACAUAUAUUAAGGUUUCAUGGUACUAUAUGAGGCACGUCACAAAUUUUGGAAAUCCUCUCUUGUGCCAUUUGACCCAGGGUCAGUCAAGGUUUAUAUAUAUAUAUAUACUGUCAAAAGAAUUUUCAAAGAAGCAACGAAGUCACUGAAAUCUU